GCCUCAAUUUUUGAUAGCAUAAUUUUUCAACGAAGUGUUAUUAACAGAGCACACUAGAGACGGACAGUACACACCAGUAAGAUAUAUAUAAAUAUAGCAUAUCGUCAAUGUCAGAUAACGAAUCGACAGACAGAGUUGUGGAGGAGCACGAGGAGGUAGAAGAUGUUGAAGAAGAAGAUUUAUUUGGAGAUGUCCAAGAGGAGGAGGAAGAAGAAGAAGAUAAUGAUAAUAGUGAAGCUCGCUCUAAACGAAGUUUAGUAGAUGAAGAUGAUGAAGAAGAAGAAAAUGAUGAAGAUGAUGACGAGGAAGAAGUUGAAGAAGUAGAACAUGACUUGAAGUACACAGAAAUAUCGUUACCGCGUCAUGCUGAAUCUGCUCCAACGGAAGAUGAAGUGUACUCAUUAAAGUUACCUGUUUUCUUAAAUGUUGAAGCUCAUCCAUUUGAUCCUACUGAAUUUAAAGAAAAAGUAGAACAAAAUGCUGCUGAAAGAUCUAAAACAUCUAUGACAGAUAAGCAAGUACAAAGUGAACUUGUUGCAGAGAAAUUACUCAACGAAAAUACUCUUAGAUGGAGAUAUUCUAAUAGUGGAAAUGAUGAAAUUAUAAAACAAUCCAAUGCUCAUUUUGUUCAAUGGGAUGAUGGAUCAUUGUCAUUGAAGAUUGGACAAGAAUUAUUUGAUGUUCGCCAUGUUCCAGCUGUCGAUAGUUACUUAGUAAAGACUCAUGAUUCCCUUGAGAUCUUACAGUUUGAUUCAUCUCUUGAUAAAACAAUAAAUCUUUUACCAGCUUCAACUUUCACUGCUACUCAUAGAAAAUUAACAGCUGCUGUGAAAAAUAUACAAAGAAAGGAAAAGAUUCUUAAUACAAUCACUGAUGAUGAUCCAAUGCGUAAACAAAGAUUGGCUGAUGAAAAUGAAAGAAAGACCUUGAAAUUAAGAAGGCAGCUUGAAUUAAAGAGAAGGUUACAAGAGGAAAGACUUGGACGUGAUAAUAGUCCAUCUCUUCGUGGUACGUCACGUGAAACUGCCUAUGAAAGAUUUGAGAAUCAAUACGCAGAAGAUGAAUAUGACGAGGAAGACGAUUUUAUAGCCAGAGAUGACGAAGAAGAGGAACAAGAUGACGACGACGAAGAAUUAGGUGAUGAAGACGAAGAAGAAAGAUUCGAAAAAGGAGCUGAAAGAUUGCAAGCAUUGAAACAAGAUGGUGCUGCUAGAUACAGAGAAGACAGCGAAGAAACUAGUGAAAGAAAGAGAAGGCGAAUAGUCGAAUCAGAUGAAGAGGAUUAGUAUUGAUAUUUAAUUCCAUAGAGCUCGUGUAUAUUAAUUUAAAG